AUGAAUGCUAUUAGAUCAAGGACAGAGGAACAUCUUCAAAGUGUUUUAUCACAUAGAUCGGAGAUUAGAUCGAUCGAUCCACAACAUAAUGCUGGUGAUGUGGAAUUAUUAGCUCAGAUUGGUUAUAAACAAGAGUUAAGACGUCAUUACAGUACGUUGCAGGUUUUUGGUAUUGCUUUUUCAAUCAUGGGUUUAUUACCCAGUGUUGCUUCUGUGUUGUCUGUGGGUUUGGAAUCAGGACCAGCUGGUUUGGUUUGGGGCUGGUUCUUGUCAUCUAUUUUUAUUCUUUGUAUUGGUAUAAGUAUGGCUUUUCUCGGUAGUGCCAUUCCAACUUCAGGUGGUUUGUAUUAUUAUACAAACUAUUAUUGUCCAGAUGCAUUCAGAGUUCCUUUGAGUUUCAUGAUUGGUUGUUCUAACUCAUUAGGAUUGAUUGGUGGUUUGUGUAGUAUCAGUUAUGGGUUUGCCGUGCAGGUUUUAUCGGCCGUGUAUAUCCAACAAGAUGGUGGAUUUGAAAUUACAAAUGCAAAAUGUUAUGGUAUCUUUGUUGGUUGUGUUGUCACAAAUGCUUUUAUUUGUUGUUUGGCUACCAAACAAGCUGCCCUUUUGCAAACCAUUUCCAUUAUUGUCAAUGUUUUCUUGGUAUUAUUAUUUAUCAUAGCUGUACCUGCAGGAAAAGCCCAUGAUUUUAAUUCAGCUAGUUUCAUCUUCACUAAUUUUGAAAACUCCAGAGAUUAUGGUACUGUUUGGUCAUUUGCCUUAUCUUGGAUGCCGGCUAUUUGGACAAUUGGAUCAUUCGACUCCACUAUUCAUUGUAGUGAAGAAGCCAAAAAUGCACAAAGAGCUAUUCCAUUUGGUAUAACAGGUUCAAUUACUGCUUGUUGGUUAUUAGGGUGGAUACUUUGUAUCGUCUGCUGUGCAUGUAUUAAAGAUGGUGAUGUUGGUAGAAUUCUUGAAUCAGAAACUGGAUCUGCUAUGGCACAAAUUAUUUACGAUGCAUUAGGUAAACAAUGGGCGGUUGCUUUCAUGUCACUUAUUGCUGUUGGUCAAUACUUGAUGUCUGUCUCAAUUAUGAUUGCUUUAUCCAGACAAGUUUGGUCAUUUGCUAGAGAUGAUGGUUUACCAGUUGUUUACAACUUUGUCAAGUAUGUUAAUCCAAAGAUCCAAGUUCCAAUUAGAGCUACUAUGUUUGCCGGUGCCAUGGGAAUUGUUUUGGGUUUAUUGGUAUUAAUCAACGGUUCUGCUGGUUCAGGUGCACUUUUCAGUUUGGCCAUUGCUAGUAACCAAUUGUCAUGGGGUCUUCCAGUUUUACUUGUGCUUUUACCUUAUGGUAGAAAGAGAUUUAUUCCUGGUCCAUUUUAUUUUGGAAAGUAUAUCAGUACUUUGAUUAAUAUUGUUAGUGUUGGUUGGUCAGGUUACGUUAUUGUCUUGUGUAUGUUCCCAGAUAGUUUGCAUAUUGACAAAGAUACCAUGAACUAUACUGUGGUUAUCAAUGUUGGUGUCUGGAUAUUGGCAUUGGUUUACUAUUUUGUAUGGGGUUACAGGUUCUACACUGGACCUAAAUCCAAUCUUGAUGAUACUUACUUGGAAGGUACUGCAGUUGCAAAUGUGGAUGAAAUCUUACAAGAAAAGUCGUGA